ACCGUGGUCAUAAUAUUUACUAUUUAGACAAAAAUUCAAAAUGUGAUGAAUCAUCAAUCAUCAUUGAUGAUUCAAAUUGACAAAUGACAAUUGUUGAUCCGAUCGAAUGUCCUAACUCCUAAGGCACGAUUAAAGAUAUCGUUGUUCUUUAAUCUUUAUUCUUUAAUAUCGUUGUUCUUUAGUCUUUAUUCUUUAAAUUUUAAUCGUGGUCCUCUAACUAAUAAGUAGAAUAAUAAUAUUUAAGUUAUCGUUAAACCGUAGUACCGUACAUCACUUAUUCACUAUUCUAUUUAAUUUCCAUCUACUUUACUGUGCAUAUAAUAAACUAGUCCAUUGUAACUGUGAUUGUUUGUUUAAAUACCUUUGUAAAAUUGUGAUGAGUAAUUGCAUUGGUUGUACAUAGUAUAAUACAAAUUUGUCUUUGCUAAAUACUAAGGAAAUGGAAAAUACUGCUAUGCAAAUUAAUUUGUCACGUGAAGAAGAAGAUCACAAUGAAGAAGAAAGUACUCAUAUUUUAGAAUUAAGAGCUAUAAAGGAGUCUACCUUAAGUCGUUUUACACCUCAAGUUAGGAAAUCAGUAACUUCAAUAAUUGAUGAGCUGUUAUGUGAAACUAUAUUUAAUGUUCAUAAGGAAUUAAAAUUAGGAGUUCUUGAUCCAAGACGGUUAGAUUCUAAUUACAGAAGACCCGACACUCCAACCUUAGUAAAUAUGGCUGAACAUUUGAAUAUCACUAAGCCAACUCAGGUAGUUGAUUGUCCCAAAUGUUUUGUGUCAGUGAAGUGUCUUUUGUUAUCUAAACAUUUAGCAUUGUGUAUGAAUCCAAACAAAAGCACUUAUUCUUAUAGUAGUAGAAAUAGUUCUCGCAUAGCACGACAGCGUAUACAAGAAGGUUUUAAGACCUCUUAUGACGAAUCUAAAAAUGAUAGUGAUGAUGAACGAGUUAAACCGAAGAGACGUAGCAACAAAGGAAAAAAGACACAAUCAAAAGCAUAAGGAUGUGGUUUCAUUUUAUAGUUCCCUUACCAAAAGAUGCCACAAUGUCCUAAUCAACUCGCUAACACACAGCUACCUUAUAAGACGAGAAGAACCAGAUCAAUGCUUAACUUGUGGUAAGAUCUAACAAUGAAACGUGUCCUACUUUAUGGUCGCAACUAUGCAGCUACCAGAACAACCAUAAGUAUACCUGAACAUCUAUAUAAUGCAUUGGGACCUGACCAAGAAAACAUCCACAAAAUUAUAAAAUUCUUAAAAAUAACUAAAUUAUAAAAUUCCAUACUGUUAUAUUUAAUCUCAUGAUGUAAAUGUAUAUAUUACUGUUGUCAAUAUUAUAAACCGAUACCCUUAGUAGUUACGGCUCAAAUAAAAAAAUUAUGUACAGGAAAUAGUCGACAAGUCUUUUUUUAGAGAGUAAUUGCUAGUUGAAAUAAUGUACAUAUCUACGCUUGAAAUGAGUAGGUAACUCCCAUAUUAAAUAAUGCAAUAUUGCAAUGCAUUUAUAUUUUGAGCAUUAUGGAAAUCUCAAGGUUUUGUAACCAUUUCUACUGUAGUAAUCUCAAUUUUUAUAUGGGAAAAACUAAAUAAUUAUAAAAGUAAUAAUAUACUCGUAUGUACAAUGUACCUAUGUUUGACUUUAAUUUGUUAAGACAUUUUAAGAGUAAAAACGUGCAUGUCUCGUUCAUUAAGCUGAUUUCAAUAUUAUAUUGCAAUGGCUACUUCAAUCCAAAUAGACAUACAUAUUACACCAAGUGUCUAUUUUUAAAGUAUCUACCUAUGUAUAAAAGGGCAAUCGAUCAAAAAGUCUAAAACUACAAAAUAUUCUAUCAAGUUUUCAUUUAUAAUAAUACUAUAUUGAUAAAUAUUAAUAUUAAUUUUAAAAAAUGUAAUUAAUUUUUUCAUACAAUAUUAAUAUAUUACCUAUAUUAAAUAUUUGAUUAAUCUUAUACUUAUUAUUCAAAAUAAUAGUCAAUAUAAAAGUAAGUUCAGAAGUAUAAAGCAUUAGGCUUUUACAGAUAUUAUAAAAAAUGUUUAAAAAUAUAUUUUCUUUUAAAUCACAUAGGCCAUUGUUUAAGAAAACAUAAUUUA